UUCAGUUCCCUUAUUUUGUGGUCCGUUUUGUCCGUUCAAUGUAUAAUUAUUCCACGGCCUUAUUUACCACGUCUAUGGCCUUUUUAUUGUGACGAAUCAGGAAUGUUGAUUUAUGACGAAAUUGGAUGUACACCAAUCAAAGGUUUCCGUAAUUGCAUUACUUCAUAUAAAUGCUCAAAUUAUCGAUUACCAAAGCAGGGUUGUUUGUUUGAGAAACAUGUUUAUAAAGAUGGAGAACCUAUUAAGGGUACAAAUCCUUGUAACACUUGCUCUUGUUACGAUAAAGGCAUAAAUGGAUCUAAAAUAGAAUGUUUUCCUCUAAUUAUUGACCGAGGUCCAAGUAUACCUUUUCCAAAUGAUUGUUACGACAGAUAUGAUUUAAAUAAAUGUUUUUCUAAAAUAAUGUGUCCUCCUUAUAAAAAUUUAGCAGUCUGUGUCGUCAAUUACAAAGGUUACAUUGAAGGAGAGAAAUUUCAAGCUCCUGACCCAUGCUUGGACUGCGUCUGCCAGAAAGGAUAUAAUGAGAAAUUCGUUGAGCCUUUCUGCAGAAAGAAACGAUGUGACGUUGAAAUCAAAUAUUCCAAUCAGAUAGUUGAUAAUUGCGCUCCAAUAUAUAAUAAAAACGAACCUCAAUGUUGUCCUUAUGAUUUCAUUUGCCCUCAAAAUACAAAAAUUGAACAUGUUUUCAAUUACAACUCAACUAGCAAUGUAGAAAAAUGUAAAUUUGGAUCUCAAACCUACAACCAAUACGAUUCUUUGGAUUUGGUUAAUCCAUACAACGUCACAUUCAAAUGUAGGUGUUCCAUACCUCCUCUAUUGACCUGUCUCAGAUAA